GGCACGUCCUCACACCCCUCUUAGCUCUCUAUAUAACACCCGCCGUGAAAUCAAGAAAACCCACAGUUCCGAUUGCCUCGCCGGAGACAAUGGAGGUGAUAUACAUCAUACUGGGAGUGUGUUUUUCAGUGGGUUUGUUGGCAUACGCAUGGGGAGUGCUGGGUUGGGUGUGGUUUAAGCCGAAGAAGCUCGAGAAGUGCCUAAAACAGCAAUGCCUUAAAGGAAACCCUUACAGAAUCCUCUCCGGCGACAUGAAAGAGCUCGCGGAGAUGACGAGUGACGCCAUUUCCAAGCCCAUGAAUCUCUCUGACGACCACAUAGCCCCAAGAGUCAUUCCAUAUUAUGUUCUGCAUGUCAACAAAUAUGGUAAAAGCUGUUAUGUAUGGAUGGGUCCAACGCCUAUGGUGUUAAUCAGGGAUCCUGAGCUAAUAAAGGAGGUUUUAAACAAACAUUAUCAGUAUCAGAAGGCUAGGGCCAACCCACUGGGCAUGAAGCUGGCAAGAGGACUGGCCAACUAUGAGAAAGAUCAGUGGGCAAAACACAGAAGAUUACUCAAUCCUGCCUUCUAUACUGAGAAGCUAAAGCUUAUGCAACCGGCAUUCUUGCAAAGCUGCUGUGAAAUGAUGAGCAAGUGGGAAGGGAUUGUCUCAGGAAAAGGAGCUUGUGAACUGGAUGUGUGGCCUGAUCUGCAAGGCCUAACCUGUGAUGUGAUUUCUCGAACGGCGUUUGGGAGCAGCUAUGAAGAAGGAAAGAGGAUCUUUGAACUCCAGAGAGAACAGGCCACGCUCGUCAUAGAAGCUUUUCGUCAAGUUUAUGUACCUGGAUGGAGAUUUGUGCCAACUAAGAGGAACAGAAGAAUGAAUGCCAUUGAGAAGGAAGUGAACUCAUCAAUCCGGGGUAUUAUAGACAAGAGAAUGAAGGCGAUGCAGAGUGGGGAGACGAACAAUGAUGACUUAUUGGGCAUAUUACUGGAAACCAACUUACAAGAAAUCAGACAGCAGGGGGGUAAGGAAUUCGGAAUGAGCAUCGAAGAUGUCAUCGAGGAGUGCAAGCUGUUCUACUUUGCAGGGCAGGAGACUACUUCGGUGAUGCUGGUGUGGACUAUGGUUCUCCUCAGCAGAUUCCAAGAUUGGCAAGUGCGAGCUAGAGAAGAGGUGUUGCAGGUUUUCGGGGAUCAGGAACCAGAUUUCGAAGGAUUGAAUAGCCUUAAAGUUUUGACAAUGAUUCUGUACGAGUCUUUAAGGCUAUACCCGCCAAUAAUUGACAUAGUUAGGUGGACCGUGGAGGAAACUAAACUAGGAGAAAUAGUUCUGCCACGAGGGACAAUGCUGAUGUUGCCUACACUCUUGAUGCAUGUUGACAGUGAGAUAUGGGGUGACGAUGCCAAAGAGUUCAAACCCGAGAGGUUCAGGGAAGGUAUAAUGAAGGCGACAAAUGGUAAACAAGUAUUUUUCCCAUUUAGCGGGGGACCUCGAGUAUGCAUUGGUCAAAACUUUGCUAUGGUAGAAGCUAAAAUGGCUAUGGCUAUGAUUCUGCAACGCUUCUCGUUUGAGCUUUCCCCUUCGUACGCACACGCUCCAUUUUCAAGGGUGACCACUCAACCUCAGCAUGGUGCUCCUCUAAUUAUGCAGAAGCUUUAAUAUGCUUCUUCCCAGUUCCCGAAAAGCCACUGAUCUGUAGUCUUGAAUCAAAUUUCUAUGUAUUAUGUACUAUGUAAUGUUUACUGCAGACUGAAUCUACCCUUCUCUAUAUAUGAACAAAUAAACAAUUUGCUUUGGACA